AUGUUCUCUAGUCUUUCUUAUGGUUCUGAUAGUUUUCUUGCCACCGAGAAGGCUUUGCAUCUGCCUUUACAAUUGACGCAGAGAGCACAGAAGAGGGACAGUCAAACCUGUGCAAGUGGGCUAGGGGACGUUCUCGACGUCACUUACAGUGUCCUCGUCGACGUAGGGGGAACUGAGACGCCUCUUGUACUCGAUACUGGCUCCUCUGACUUGUGGCUGGUUUCCGACGGUUGUCACACUUCUGCUUGCGUAAAUUCUGGAGUACCUCUGUAUCCGCAGGGCUCGCUUCACUCUACUGGUCUUGAUGCUCAACUACUCUACGGCGACUCGCGAACUGGUACUCAUGCCUUAGGUCCCAUCGGAACAGAUGUAACAGGGGUUGCCGGUCUUUCUGUGUCCGGCCAGUGUUUUGCCGCGAUCGCAGAUACAAAUACCACCGUUCUGGAUACAGGAUCUGCAGGGAUUUUCGGACUUGGGUUUCCUCCAGUAAGCGUCAUCUGGCGGCAGCUCUUAGAAACCGACAUAAGCGGAGCACCGCCCUCCCUGCCUCGACGUUCUCGUCUCCCGCCUCUUGAGCUAACCACGGCGAAUUCUUCGAGCGUUUCCACCGACGGCAGUUUCAUCGGUCGUCCUCCGUUCCCAUCUUUCACCUUCCUGUCGCCACACCGUCGCAUACGUCAAGUUAAAGCCUCACUAAGCGAUCCUUCUGCUCUCGCCAUCGAAGCGUUCGCAACUUACGGCCCUUUUGUCACCAGGCUUAUCGCACAACAGGCGUUGGCGUUACCGAUGGUGGCAAUCACACUUCAGCGUGACACGUUCGAGGUGGGCGGGAACGCGGGUCUGCUGUCUUUGGGAGGGCUCCCCUCUGGCGUCCAGGAGGACCAUCUCAGAUGGGUGCCGGUGCGAGGAUACAGCGCCGAUGAAGGUGGCCUGCCUCCUGCGCCCGAGGCUUCGAACGAGAUAUAUCCCUUGCUGUGGGAGAUACCGAUAGAUGACGUCUACUUCGAUGGCACCAAGCUUCCCCGGUCUACCCUCUCUGCACCGUCAAUCUCUCUGUCUGCGCUCAUGGAUACCGGAAAUUCUCUCAUACGCGGUCCUCAAGACGUCGUCAACAAUAUCCUCGCACAGCUGGGCGGACCUACAGGCUCGUUUGACUGCGACACACCGCAUAACCUGUCCUUCGAAAUUGGCGGGGAGCUGUUUCCCAUCGACCCGCGUGACUUCGCGCGACCACAUACCGCCAACAAUUCUGCCAAUUCUCCACGGUGUACUGGUGCAGUCGCAGCCACCGAUCCGCCGGGAGAGGGUGGCUUCCUCUACAGCUGGAGUCUCGGAGACCCGUUCCUCAAAUCCGUACUGGCGGCAUAUUACUACGGCAAUCUCACCCACCCCUCACAGGAUCCACCACGCGUCGGGUUUAUCUCGACCGUACCAGACGAUGCAGGCGAAGCUCUCAGAGAAGCUGUGCAGGCUGCCAUUUCAGCCGGCGCCAUCUUCCCAGCGACAUCGGAACCCGCACCGUCUGGCACGUAUAUGGCGACGACAACCGGCCCCGGCGGUGUGCCUCAGGCGACGCAUCUGGCGGCGUCGUACAGUUCAAACGCGCGGUCAAGCAAUGCGGCGCGGAUAACAGAUUACGCAGAUGGCUGGACCUCGCUUCUCGUCAUCUCCAUGAAUCUCGGUGCCGCGCUCCUUGGAUUCGCCUGCUUGUGA